ACACCUACAUAUACUACUACAGACCACGACGCUACUAUACAAUUAAGUAGGCAGAUCAGAUAAUGGGGACUCUUCCUCCUAACCACCUUAUCAACACCACCUCCAACACUGUGCAGAGCGAUGAACGAACAGCAGAGCAGAAAGCAAUUGAUGAAUGGCUUCCCAUCACCUCUGCAAGGAAUGCAAAAUGGUGGUAUUCCGCUUUCCACAACGUCACUGCCAUGGUUGGCGCCGGUGUCCUCAGUCUCCCUCAUGCCAUGUCACAGCUUGGAUGGGGACCUGGUGUUGCGGUGAUGGUGGUGUCUUGGAUUAUAACUCUAUACACUCUGUGGCAAAUGGUUGAGAUGCACGAAAUGGUUGAAGGCAAACGUUUCGACAGAUAUCACGAGCUGGGGCAGCAAGCCUUUGGUCAAAAACUGGGCCUCUGGAUCGUCGUCCCCCAACAGCUCAUUGUUGAGAUCGGAGUAGAUAUUGUGUACAUGGUUACCGGCGGACAAUCCCUCAAGAAGUUCCACGACGUCGUCUGCCAAGACUGCAAAGAGAUCAAACUCUCCUAUUUCAUUAUGAUCUUCGCCUCCGUCCAUUUCGUCCUCGCCCACCUCCCCAACUUCAACUCCAUUUCCGGCGUGUCUUUAGCUGCUGCAGUCAUGUCCUUGAGUUACUCCACCAUUGCUUGGGGGGCUUCGGUGGACAAAGGAGUUCAAGCAGACGUAGAAUAUGGGUACAAAUCGUCGAGCACGGCAGGGACAGUUUUCAACUUCUUUAGUGCACUGGGGAGCGUGGCAUUCGCGUAUGCGGGUCACAAUGUUGUGUUGGAGAUUCAAGCUACUAUCCCUUCUACACCUGACAAGCCUUCCAAGGUUCCUAUGUGGAGGGGAGUGGUUGUUGCUUACAUUGUGGUGGCGUUGUGUUACUUCCCCGUUGCCUUUAUCGGCUACUGGAUGUUUGGCAAUUCUGUGGAAGACAACAUUCUCAUCUCCUUGGAAAAGCCUGUGUGGCUCAUUGCUAUGGCCAACAUGUUUGUUGUAAUUCAUGUUAUUGGAAGUUACCAGAUCUAUGCAAUGCCGGUUUUUGACAUGAUAGAGACAAUGCUUGUUAAGAAACUGAUGUUCAAGCCUACUUGGUACCUGCGUUUCAUUACUAGGAACAUUUAUGUGGCACUCACAAUGUUUAUUGCUAUUACCUUUCCUUUCUUCGACGGGCUUCUUGGAUUCUUUGGAGGAUUUGCUUUUGCCCCAACAACCUACUUUCUCCCAUGUAUCAUGUGGCUGGCCAUCUACAAGCCCAAAAAAUUCGGUCUUUCUUGGACCAUAAACUGGAUUUGCAUUGUUCUGGGGGUUCUUUUGAUGGUUGUAGCACCCAUUGGCGGCCUAAGAACCAUCAUUGUACAAGCCAAGACCUACAAAUUCUACUCUUAAUUUAAUUAAGAUACAUCUAUCUCAUCUCACCUGCUGGACUUCCCCAAAUACCAGGCUCAUUAAUGUUCACGGGAAUAUCCUGUAAAAAGCUACGCUAGCUGCUCAACCAACAACUUACACCAAGGAAAUCUAUGUUUUUUUUUUAAAAUAAUAAUAUUACACACAUACAGAGACGUCCUGUUCAAGUAGCUUAGUGCUUUUCUAGGUUUGAUUAUAGGCCGGCUGUGCAUACAUCUUAAUUAUAUAGUUAUGCCCAGUGUUUAUACUUUAUAGUAUAUACUCAAGAGUGAGUUUUGGAACUACCUUAAAAUCACAGGAUUGUUUUUGUUUUCCUUGUAUCA